CAGUCUGUGUACUACCAAAUAUUGAAGAUGCCUCCUAAAACCAGUGGUAAAGCUGUUAAGAAGUCGGGCAAGGCUCAGAAGAACAUCACCAAGGGCGACAAAAAGAAGCGUGGAAAGAAAAGGAAGGAAUCCUAUGCCAUCUACAUCUACAAGGUGCUGAAACAAGUUCACCCCGAUACCGGUGUGUCCAGCAAGGCUAUGAGCAUCAUGAAUAGUUUCGUCAAUGACAUCUUUGAGCGUAUCGCCGCUGAAGCAUCUCGUCUGGCUCACUACAAUAAGAGAUCUACCAUCACUUCUCGGGAGAUUCAGACUGCUGUUAGGCUUCUGUUGCCUGGUGAACUCGCUAAGCAUGCUGUCUCCGAGGGCACCAAAGCUGUUACCAAAUACACCAGCUCAAAAUAGUUUUUCUUCCUCCCCAUUCCGACACAUCAAUCGGCCCUUCUCA